AUGCGAGACGAUGAGAGCUUAAGGAAGUGGAAGAAACAACUUCUUGGAAGCGUCGACAUCGACGCUGUUGGAGAAACCCUAGAGCCAGAGGUGAAGAUCACAAGCCUUGCAAUAAAGACAAGUGGGAGAGACGACAUAGUUCUUCCAAUACCAGAAUCUGGAAAACCUGAGGGCCUCUGGUUUACUUUGAAAGAAGGAAGCCAUUACAGGCUCAUGUUCACAUUUCAAGUCUGCCACAACAUUGUUUCAGGUCUCAAAUACACCAACACUGUUUGGAAAACCGGCAUCAAGGUGGACAGCACUAAAGAGAUGAUUGGAACGUUCAGCCCACAGGAAGAAGCUUACACCCACGAAAUGGCUGAAGAGACGACACCGUCUGGCUUGUUUGCCAGAGGCACCUAUUCAGCUAAAAGUAAGUUUGUUGACGAUGACAACAAAUGCCACUUGGAGAUCAACUACACUUUUGAUAUCCGAAAGGAAUGGAAUUAAAUUUAGUUAGGAGUCAAUUAAUUAAUUGAUUUCUUUAAUUUGACGAUAAUAUUGUUUAAUCCUUCAUCGUUAAUUGUUCUUCUGGCUCUAACGCUCCUCAAUGUUUUUUUUCCAUUAAUUGGUUAUUUCUUUCUAAUCCUGUCUGAGAAUAGUAAUCUUAACGAUGAGGAGAGGAUCACAACAUUGGUUAUCAUUUGGUAGAUUUAAUUUUUGUCAAUAAAAUUGAGUUCUUCCUGCUUU